AUGACAAGUGAAAAUAAAGUGAAGCAGUUCACAAUGGCAGAAGUUGCAAAGCACAAUGAUACGACCUCAGCUUGGAUAAUCAUUGAUAACAAUGUGUAUGAUCUGACAAGGUUUCUGAAUGAACAUCCGGGAGGUGAUGAAGUGAUAUUAGAACAGGCUGGUCAGGAUGCGACAGAAAGUUUUAAAGAUGUUGGACAUUCUCGAGAUGCAGUAGAAAUGAGCAAAGAAUAUUUGAUUGGAAGUUUGAGUGAUAUCAAGAAAGACUCUGCUGCUGUUUCUGGAGAUGUAAAGUCAACAGACGUCAAAACUGAUUCGAAGUGGUCAGAUAUCAUCUUCAGUUCAACGUGGACCAAUUUUCUCAUACCUUUGGCUAUCUCUGGUAUUGUGUAUUUGAUAUACAGAGUACGAGAGUCCCUAAUGGAAGCAUUUCAUGUCAGUGCUAUCGAUCUAAUAAAGCCAGAGAUGUUGACAUCACCGCUACAUUUUCAAAUACAGUUUUUCAGCUAA